AUGAACUACAGCGUCAACACUACACAGGCUAUUGUAGACCCUUUGAAGAAGCACGAGGUCAUCCCCGAUGUGGUUCCUGACUUUGAGCCACAGGGGUUCCUCACCAUUGAGUACCCACACAGCAACUCCGUAACCCUCGGCAACGACAUCAGCGUCCCAAUGGCCAGCUCGCUGCCCGAGAUCACUUACACUUCCACCUCCGGCGUGAGCGACCCGGACAACGACAGGUUCAUCGUGGUCCUCACAGACCCGGACGCGCCUUCCCGCACGGACCACAAGUGGUCCGAGUACUGCCACUACGUCAGAACAGACAUACAGCUGGUGCCUAACAACAAGCUCGCCUCGGCUGCAGGUGCCGCCGGCGGCGUCUCCCGCGAGUUUGUCUGCGCCGACCUCAACGCAAACGGCAACACCCUGGUGGAGUACAUGGGGCCGGCACCUCCUAAGGGCACCGGCAAGCACAGGUACGUGUUCCUUCUGUACAGACAGAACGCGCCCUCUUCCCAGCUGACAAAGAUCAAGGAUAGAGCCAACUGGGGAUACGGCGAGCCUGCCGUCGGCGCCGACAAGUGGGCCAAGGAGAACAAGCUAGAGCUUUUGGCUGCUAACUUCUUCUUCGCCGAAAACGCUUAA